AUGGUGGAGUACUAUGAAGCCCUGGGCCUUCCCAAGUCUGCUUCCUUAGAUGAUAUUAAAAAAGCGUACAGGAAGAAAGCUCUCAGGUGGCACCCAGAUAAAAACCCAGAAAACAAACAAUGUGCAGAACAGAGAUUCAAGGAGAUUGCAGAAGCAUAUGAAGUACUUUCAGACAAGAACAAACGUGAUGUCUAUGACAUCUAUGGUAAGGAGGGACUUAUGGGAAGAGGAGGAUCUGCUGGAAACAAUAUUAGUUCUGAAUAUAUGUUCCAUUUCCGCAGUGCCCAUGAUAUCUUUCGGGAAUUUUUUGGGGGAAGGGACCCAUUUUUUGGUGUGCCAGCUGACAGAACACCAACUAGGGAAACAGGAGGGCAUUUUAUUCAUAGUGUGCCCAUCAGGUACAGGUCCUUACCUCAGUUUAUUUACGACGAAUAUGACUCUGAUCCUAACCGUAAGGUUCUUAAGGUGAGGCGCAUCUUCCCUAUUAAAAAUACAAACAACACAGCAGGAGGAGAAUCUCCUGAAGAGGACAGUAAUUCUCACCAAGAUGAUGAGUUCCAGUCUGAGGAUGAUGAAUCCAAUAUUGACGAAUUCUAG